UGGAUGUUGAUGCUGUUGACCGGACAUUGUUAAUAAGAUAGUACCUUCCGAGGAUGAAAACGAAAUUGUCAGUAGAAAAGGUGGAAACGAGAUUAACAUGCGACUCGUUACACAGUGGAUUUAUUACAUAUAUUAUUGUAACCAUCAGAAGUACAGCAAGGGAUAUCUAAAUUCAUAAAAAAAGUUUUAUUUCGAAGGAAAUUCAGAAUAUAGUAUGAUAUCAUGAAAUUAUUUCUUAAGAAAUUGCGUCCGUUGGUGAGAAUGGUAACUGUGACUUUAAUUGUCGCGUUAAUGUAUCUACUGUUAAACCAUUUGGAAGAUACAUUAAUUAGCAACACCAGUGACCCCUUCGUUAGAAGUUGCGACUUCAUAUCAGAAAUCAGAGCAACUGCCGUAAAAUACAAUAGUGCCAAUACAGAUAGUACAUUACUACAAGGGCAAUCACUUGGAAUCAACACAACGCGUAUCGCCAUAGGAUGCGCUAUAAAAAUUCGAGAAAUGGACCUUCAGAAAGACGACAUAUCCCAUCUGCCUCUAUUUGUGGAUUUGCUUCCUUCUUUCUGUUCAACAAUGUCGAAAGGUUUCAUAUAUGAAUUUUAUUUUGCGCAUGAUUAUAACGACACAUUCUUCAUUGGAGACGCUGCUUAUGAGAGGUUCAAUGAGAUAUUUAAUGGUGUCCUAAAGAAUAGAAGUGAGUGUCAUAAAUUUGAGGACAUUGAAAAAGCAAUAAAUGUCCAUUUUGUGAAAUGUCAAUAUUCAGGCAAGCCAGCGUGGGCCCAAAACGAUGCUAUGAUGGCUGCGCACGCAGAUAAUAUGACGUUUUUCUACAGAAUUAACGAUGACACAAUUUUACAGACAAGUGGUUGGACGGAACAAUUUAUUGCUACCCUAUCUACGUAUAAACCUCCAUUGAUAGGCGUUGUCGGACCAAAUCACAAAGGCGGCAAACUGUCCAUACUUACUUACGACUUCGUACAUCGACAUCAUAUCGACAUAUUCGGUUUCUAUUAUCCCCGGGAACUAAGUGCAUGGUACGCAGACGACUGGAUUACUAGAGUAUACGAACCAUCGAGAUCCUUGAAAUUAAGAAAUAUCAAAUUAUUUCAUACUAAAAAGUUAGGAAUACGCUACGAUCGAGAUAAAGCUCACAGUAAGAUGCUGCCAAAAUUGCUCAAGAGAGACAGAAAAGUUUUACAAACCUAUUUAAAAACCCACCCACCUUGACUGUAAUGUUUAUUGAAGAAGUAUUAAAUGUUCACAGAUAUUUUGUUUGGUGACUGUAUUAAUGGUGACAGGUCAUAGUGACAGGUCAUCUCAACCCCAAGUCAUCUCAACCCAGUCCAACUCAACCCCAAGUCAAUUCAACCCCAA